AUGACAUCUGCGGCUCCAGAUCGAUCAUCAUCACAUCAACAAGUAGAAAGUACUACUGAAAAUUUAGAAAGUAAUAUUCAAGAGACUCGACGAACAACCCGAGUCGAUGGCUAUUCACUUUCACCACCUCAUACGUGGUCUGAAUCUACGGAACAAGAUGAAGAUACGACAGAAUCCCGUCAUCUAUUCACGGUAGUCGUCACCUUACCCGAGGGUGACAUCCUUGAUUCCAGAGUCGUUUCCGAUUCGAUCUCAGCUGAGACAUUACAACGAGGAAAUCGUUUCUUUUCAUGCCUACACGGUAAAGGUCAGUCCAUACUGCUAUCAGCAGCUGCCACAUCUGUACGACAACGGAUUUUCGCCCGAGUUAACUGCGGGGUUGUGAACCAUGCGUGUGAGCUGAUGUGCGAAUUCGAACCGAAAAGGGCUCGAAUCACAGCCAUGGCCCUUCGAGCUGCUUUCGGACCAUCGACACCGUUCCAUAGUCUCACGUUCACCACCAAACAUGCAGCCAGUUGUGCUCUGACACACAUAGACUAUACAUCGAUUCCGUAUCUUGGACAUUUGCCAACGGAUCUGAUCGGUCGAUCAAUUCUGGCAUUCGUUUACGCUCCAGACGUUCAUGUUGUUCGCCAAGCCCAUGUUGAUUUACACAAUUCACGAGGACGAGUAGUGAAGAGUGUAGCUCCGCUACGCUUUGUCGCUUACAAUGGGGCUUUGUUAAGGGCCGAAACCGAAUGGUCAGCGUAUGUGAACCCAUGGACGAAAAAAAUUGACAUGGUCGUCGCACGACAUCGCAUUAUUGAUGCCCCAAUUGGAGAUGCAAACGUUCUCGAUGCACCGGCCAAUGGUCAAGCCUUGCACGUGCUACCACCACCAAUGGCCAAGACAUUCGAGGACGAGUUGCGAUGUCUAAUGAACAAAGUGGGUUUUUCACAUUUUUUUUCUUUUCCCAUUACUUUAAAUGCUCUAUAA